AUGCCACCAUCUGUUUGCCCGGAACUUGGAAACCUCCUAGAGUCUAUUCAGAAGCUGGACACAUCCCAAAUCAGCUGGGACUUUACUGCCUGGACCGACAUCCUGAGCAAUGAGAAUUCACCCGCCCACGAAGCAGCAGUUCGAGAAGCCAGAGAGCUCCCCGCGUCAACCUUUUCAGAGAUUCUGCGCAGCAUCGAUCCUCUGGUCUCGACAGAAGUUGACAUUGCCCACGGCCUCAACCUCACCCAGGGCCAUGCCCAGUUCAGCUUUCCCGGCAAACUGCUGAACCAGUUCGGCGUUCGCAAAGUCCACCAUGGCAUCCUCCAGGGCGUCCAAACCCUCAUCACCAUCCGCAGCGAAGCAUCACCGCCCAACAGCUUAACAAUAGCCGACUACGAAGUGGCCAUGCGAUGCGCCGGAGCAGCAGUCGACUACCAGCAAGUCAAAGUCUUCUGGGCCGCCAUGGCAGCUCAGGGCCUCUCAGACUCGCGCACAUCCAAGUCAUGGGCCGACUUCCUCAAAGCCCGCUUCAUGACCGAGCCGGAGUACUACCAGUUCGACCGCUCCAGAGUGGCCUUUCUCGCGCGCGACCUGUACAGCAACCGCAACCCCUUACCCAUGGCGGUCCUCAAGCACCUGGACAACAUCAGAUUCAGCGUCAACGCCCUCAAAAUGGAGCCCUGGAACCGAAGACCCGACGAGCUCGACGAGGACAUGCGGCGCCUGCUGCGUCGCCGUCUGGGCUACAAGAGCUUCAAAAGCCACUGGAUCCGCGGCCUCUACUACGGGCACGAGAUGGACGAAGAUUUGCUGUGCACCUCCAUGGUUGCCUUUGCCAGGUCCAGCUCCCUCAACUCGAUCAAAAAGAUGAUUUUAGAAAACUACUACGGCAUCAUCAUCACCCAAAACGACACAACAGACAUUCAAAUCUCCGGCGGCCGCGAGAUCCCACCAAACUCCCCCCUGACGCCCACGCCUCGCCUCCUCCACGCCAUCGUCGAGGCCUUUGGCUCCAUGUCCCACAUCCUCCUCGGCACAAAGCUGCUCGACUUCGUCUCCCGCCGCUACAACAUCGCCAUCCCCCACGAAACCUGGUCCGCCCUCCUCAAUUGGACCUACAUCUCCGCCUCCAAGCCCUUCAAGCCCCUCCGCGACAUCCAGACCGGCGAGCUGUCCACCUCCAGCUCCGCCGCCGACGUCCGCCACAUCUGGGCCGCCAUGACCUCCGAACCAUACAGCAUCGUCCCAACCCUGGCCGACCUCGACAUCUACGUCAAGACCCUCAUCAACCAGCGCUCCUUUGGCCAAGCCAUCGCCACCAUCCGCGCCCACGCAAUCCCCCACUACGCCUCCCUCCUUUCAACCUAUCACACCGCCCUCGCCGACGAGAUCCUCCAGCUCGACGCCCUGGCAACCCUCUCCAAGGCCCUCUCCUCAUCGCUCACCUCUCGCGCAACCUCCCGCCGCCGCCGCGCCCAGCUCCUCAAGGACCACACCCACCACCUCAUAUCCUCCUGGCUCACCCGCCUCCUCAAGUCCGCCUCCGCCACCCGAUCCGCCCGCGGGGGCUCCUUUGCGCACACCCGCAUCCCCGACCUGCUCCUCGAGUUUUCCGACUUCUUCCACCCGCAGGUGCGCUACCGCACCGCCCAGGGCCACGUCGUCCUGCAGCGGCCCGACGCCGACGUCGCCAAGCGCUUCGACUGGGACAAUGCCACCUGGCGGCGGACGCUGCCGCAGAAGAAGUCGGGCAUCUACGCGCGGGACUUUGAAGGCUCCGACGACCCGGAGUUUCCCUGGCCGAGGGUGAAGGAGAUGAAGGUGCUGGAGUGGAAGAGAGUGCCGACAAGGAGAUCCGACGUGAUGCUUCGGCCGCCAAGGGAGUGGGCGAAAGAGGCGAGAGCGCAGGAGUGGUGGGAUGCGCUGGAAGAGGAGUUGAUGCUGUAG